CCGUCCCAGAAGUCUCCGGGAAGUGGCUGCGCUGCGCGGGUGAAUCUUUGCGCCUGGGAAGAUGGCGGCGGCGGAGCCGGGGCAUUAGGGCGCGUGCAGGCUGCGGCCACCCUCUCGGCUGCGCGCACAAGCCGGCCCGGAGCUGGUGACUGUCCUCCGUGUGUGACCUUGGCAGGUGGGCACAAUGGACCUGGCUUACAUCUGCGAGUGGGAGAAAUGGCCCAAGAGCACCCACUGCCCGUCGGUGCCCCUGGCCUGCACCUGGUCCUGCCGAAACCUAAUCGCCUUCACCACGGACCUGCGGAGUGACGACCAAGACCUGACCCGCAUGAUCCACAUCCUGGACACGGAGCACCCCUGGGACGUGCACUCCGUCUGCUCGGAGCACAGCGAAGCCAUCACCUGCCUCGAGUGGGACCAGUCAGGCUCGAGGCUGCUGUCGGCUGAUGCCGAUGGGCAAAUCAAGUGCUGGAGCAUGGCCGACCACCUGGCCAACAGCUGGGAGAGCCCCGUGGGCAGCCUGGUGGAGGGGGACCCCAUCGUGGCCUUGUCGUGGCUGCACAACGGUGUGAAGCUGGCCCUGCAUGUGGAAAAGGGUCAGCACCCGUGUGGCCAGCAGCGCCCGUGUGACUGGCGUGGUGAGAUCCCAGAAUUCCUGCCUGUGCCCCACGGCUCAGCCCAGCGUCCCCUCGAGAGGGGAGCCGCCUGGGUCCAGGGCGCUGAACUGAGACCGCGAUGCCACACCUCACCCGUCGUUCUUCUCACCAUCAAGUGGGGCUACCGCUGGCCGUGGUGAGGGUUCAGCGCAAGAAGGCUUGAGGGGGCUCGGUGGGGCCGCCGGGGCGCACGAGGCUUGCUCUGCCGGCUGCUCCCCGGAGCCAGGAGCCCCUCCUGGGUUGGUGCUGUGGGAAGUGACUUUUCUCCCAUCCCUUCCCGGUGUCUGCUCCCUGUGCCCGGAGCAGGGCCUGGGGACCGUUACUGUCAGCACCUGGCAGCAGUGCGUGCGACGCGGCUCCAGGCCGCCGGGAGCUGGGGCAGGGCCAGGGCCUGCGUGCUGCCUUCCCUUUGUCUGGUCUCUUUUUUAAUGUAACAGCUCUAUUGAGAUACAAGUUGCUUUCACUCAUCUGAAAUAUACAGACUGGUGGUUUACUUAGUAUCUUCACAGACUAGUACAACCAUCGCCACAGUCAAUUUCAGACCAUUCCUUUUUUUUUUUUAAUAUUCUUUCUUUAUUUCCUUUAUUUAUCUGUUUAUGGCUGUGUUAGGUCUUCAUUGCUGUGCGCAGGCUUUCUCUAGUUGUGGUGAGCAGGGGGCUACUCUUCGUUGCGGUGUGCGGGCUUCUCAUUGCGGUGGCUUCUCUUGUCACGGAGCACGAGCUCUAGGCGCGCAAGCUUCGGUAGUUGUGGCACGUGACCUCAGUAGCUGUGGCUUGCGGGCUCUAGA